GCGAGAAUGACGCAAGCCAGAAUAUGACCCGUACAUACAGCCACGAGCAUGUCUACGACUCGCCGUGGGUAGACGUAGCGUUGGCGUUCUUCCUGAGGUACCCCAACCCUCUCAGUCCUCAUGUCAUCUCUUGCGACGUCAUUUCUCGCUCCUUCGACCCGACCACUCUCCGGCUACACACGACGAGAGUGCUGCUCAAGAAGGGCAAGCUGCCCAAAUGGGCUCCCAGAAGUGUCGCCGAACGAUCAGAAUCUUGGAUCCUAGAAGAAUCCGUGCUCGAUCUUGCUACUCAGUCUCUCGAGUGUACCACUUCCAAUCUUGACCACAAAAACUAUCUCUCUGUCACCGAACGACAGCGCAUACAGCGUGCAGACCUCGCGACGCAAGCGAAAGCGAUCACACUUGCAACAGUCACUUCUGACUUUGGCUACUUUGGCCUGGGGAGUAGAGUUGAGCACAUGGGCAUCACCCGGUUCAAGAACACCCUCGACAAGUCUCGCGCAGGCGUCUCGCUCAUCCUCAAACACGUUCAAUCGCCCUUUCGUCACCAGCUCAUGACCUCGGGCCCACUACGACCCUAUGACUUUGGAGCAGAUGCUCACAUACGGUCAAGACUACCCGAGGGAUUUGCAGCUUGGGAAUCUGUUGCAGCUGGAUUCCAAGGACACGGAUACGAUGAUGCGCAACCAGAGCGGUACAUACCCGCACCGACCACAGAAGCGGUACAACCGGUCAAGCCGAUCAUCGAUACUCGGUGGAUUGUCGAAACUGCAAAAUAUGCUACCGGUAGACUGUGGGGUCCAGAAUCGAUAUGGACUCAAGCGAGACAACAUGCCAGGCGGAUGACCAAAGAGUAUGUCUGGCCAGGGCAAUUCAGCCUCAAAUGGCGUUGGAGAGUCCGCGAGGAAGCAGAACGACAACGGCAAAUCGCAGCAGC